UAAAAUUAUAAAACUAGAAAUCAUAAAAUGCAAGAUCUAAAUAUUGCAGUUUUAGGAGCCGGUGUAAUAGGCAUAACAACUGCUGUAGAAUUGCAAAAACAAUUUAGAAAUGCAAAAAUUAACGUGAUUGCCGAUAAAUUUGGCGAAGACACAACCAGUGCUGUAGCUGCAGGUAUUUUUCGUCCAGGGACCGGUUUUAUGGGGCCCAGCAAAGAUAUUACGCAAAAAUGGGUAAAUGAUUCUUAUUACUACUGGGACGACAUUCGCAGAAGUGUAGAAGGUCCAAAUGCUGGAGUAGCUGAGAUAUCUGGAUAUUUAUUUUCCAGUGAAUUUAAAGAAAUAGUUAAAAAUCACUAUCUAGAAAAACUUUUACCGAUAUACAGAAGAACAACUGAAGAGGAACUGAAGCUGUGCAAAGGAGAUUGGAAAUAUGGAACUUUCUUUACUACAGUAGUCACGCAAAAUAGUUAUUACUUACCUUGGUCUACUAAAAAGUUUUUAGCAGCAGGAGGAAAUAUACUUGAAAAGAAAGUAAAUUAUUUUUCUGAUGUGGCAAAUGAUUAUAAUGUUGUUGUUAACUGCACAGGACUGGGAGCAAAGGCAUUAUGUUCCGACAACCAGUUGGUACCUAUUAGGGGACAAGUCAUAAAGGUUAAAGCACCUUGGAUUAAAACGUUUUUUUACGGUAACUACGAUACUUACAUAUUACCCGGCUUAGACUCAGUAACACUCGGUGGAACUCGUCAAUAUGAAUCGUACGACAAGAGCGUUAACAAGUACGACGGUCUUUCAAUAAAGGAACGAUGCGAAGAGUUCGUCCCAAGUUUGCGUGGAGCCGAAGUUAUUGCCCAUAAAGUUGGUUUGCGACCACACAGAACCCCAGUUCGCGUUGAGAAAGAAGUGCUUAAUUUAAAUGGAAAUAAAGUGAACAUCGUUCACAAUUAUGGACAUGGUGGUUAUGGAGUGACAACGGCGCCUGGUACUUCCCUGUAUGCUGUUGGACUAGUAAAAGAGAUGCUUAUGGGAAAUUGUAAGCUAUAAAUGAUUACAAAGUCGUCGAUUUUAAAAUAGAAAAUGUAAUUUGUUAUAAAGUUUUUAUUAUUAAUUUAUUAAAAAUAUCUAAGUACAUAUAAAUUUAUUGUUCAUG